AUGCUUCCAGUUGGAAAAUCCGACGAAGAAGAACAAUCUCGCGUAGUAGCUACAUACAAACAAAUGAUGAACCUCGUCAUAUCCCGCCUCUCCCCAAUCACCCAACUCUCCGUAAUCUACCGCGCAACCUCCCCAGGCCACCCAAACUGCAACCUCCUCACCGUCCCCUACCGCUCCUCGGAAGCAGCGCAAAUAGGCGAACGCAACCUCGUCGAACGGCUCAUCUCAACCAUGCCGGACGAGCAGUGGCGGACGUUUAGGAAAAGGUGGGAUUGGGAUUUGUUUGCUGUGCAUAAUGCACUUUGGGAGUGGAAGAUUGCGAGCUUUGAUAAGGUUCGCGAGGAAGGAAUGGCAGGGUAA